GAAAUUCGUGUAAAGUCAUAGCUAAGUGUAUUUCCCAAGGACAGGACGGGAUACCAACCGACGACCUUACAGUUGCGAGUCCGAGAGCCUAACCACAAGGGGGGGGGGGGGAUCUUUGAAUUAUGAACCUAUCUAAUUAAAUUACGGGGUAGGUGGACAGAGCAACUACCGCCCAGUUCAGCAGCCAACAUGUCUUUUGACAAUGGUUGGAAGAGAUACAAUAUUAUGUUCUUCUUUCAACCAUACGAAUGGUUUUUGUCUUCUUCCAGCUCUAGUCGUCAUUAUCAACUGCCAGAUCUGUGACAAACACUGUUUAUCAAUAUUUAAAAAAAUAAUACAUGUACAUGUAUCAUGGCUCUCCAUUCUUUUCUUUGCGAGGGUGUUCUAAAACAUACAUUAGCCUGAUCUUUUUCCGUCACCUAUCUGUUAUGGCUCUCCAAUUAGGUUGCUCGGAGUUCACCAAAUGAGAUUCGAACAAACCAAUAAGAACCUCGACCUUUUACAUCUAGGUAUAUCUGUCACUGUUAUCUCUGUUCAAUGCAGAGACUAGAACCAACAGGCGAGACUACUGUGCCUUAUCUGAAACAAUCGCUCAUUACAUCACGCCGUCAAAGGCAGUACCGUAAAUACGCGUUGGAAGAGGCAGUAAUUUCGUCAUUCAGCAAUAUUAUAAGUGCUACCAAUACAAGUUUAUCAACAUAAACUUACUUCAAAAGCUUAAACAUAAACUUGAACGAAUGGAUGAUGUGGGGAAGACUAGGACAUUAUAAUUUGUUGUUGGUAAUGGUGAUAUUUUGUUUGUUUGUUUUAGUCUUGAACUUGAAGCAAAGAAAUGACAGGAUCGCCGAUGUCUGUUGCAGAUCUAGUGUUCGACGAUGCUGAUACUAGUGAUACAUACAGAAUUUCAAGUGUAUACAGUAAUGGCUUCGGCCUUUGCAGUAGUUUACAUGUUAGGUACGCCCACCUAUGUAACUGCCUCAGACCUAACAUUCCGCAUGGGAGAUUGAGAGUCCUGUACCCAGUUUCUGUCUGAAUACUGAGACUCACCUAUUUACAUAUUCGAAGAUUUGUACAAGUGCAAGACAAAGGAUACCACCAUGAUGUAUCUGAUGGAAGUUUUCCUCAUACUAAGCACGGCUCUGAUUAUGACAUCAGCUGUUGGGCCCUUGUGUUUUGAAUGUGUGGGCGUGGAGAAUCCUUACGAGUGUAAAAAUAUAGUUCGAUGCAAAGAGAACCAAAUGUGUUUUUCCACGAGGUACAUUGACUAUCACAACGGGAAGGAGUUCUGGGACCUGAGCUGUAAAACGGCGUCUUUCUGUAUCGCUGUAGGGAUUCACACAGGGCGCCGUCGUCGAGACUCUGACUCUGACAAUUGGGCUGCACAAAGGAUUAUAAGUACCCAGCAUGCUCAAGAUGAGGCGUUUCAACGACACUCUAGAGAGAUUAAUGACCACCUUGCUCUCUGCUCCUCAUGCUGUCCCGGUGAUCACUGCAAUACCAACGUGUGUCUUACAGGCGUGAUCAAACCACCGAAAGGUCUUUCUUGCUACUCUUGUCAGGACGUCAAGGACCCGGCUGACUGCAGACUUGUUGAAAAUUGCAAGUUAGGGGAGAGCUGUGCUGUAUGGACAACGCCAAACGGCCUGCUAAGUCUGGGGUGUAAAUCCAGCAGUGUGUGUACUGUGGAAGGUAAUCAGAUUUUCUACGGGAAACGAGCUCUUGGCGUAAACGCAUUUUCUUCACAGCCUUCUCAAACACCGGCAGCUGUUACGGGUAAUAGAGGCGUGCGUGCAUCUCGCUAUGAAAUGCCGAGAACAUACGUAACACCGUUUCCCAGCAUGAACUUACUGCAAAAGUUCGGUGCCGGUAACUUCCAGCUUAGCGCAGUCGAGCAAGGCUCUGAUGUUUAUGACGUCUCCGGAUUCCAUAGACGAUCGGUGAGCUCAGGAUGUCGUGCUUGCUGUGACAGCAACUUCUGCGCCCAGCGUUACUGCUCGCGCGUCACGUCGUUACCCCAGGGCGUGGUCACCGUCACAGCGCCGCCUACUACGACGCCAACGACAACAACAACCACUACCACCACGACAACAACAGCUGCCCCCACCACCACCACAACAACAGCCGCCCCCACCACUACCACAACAACAACCACUACCACCACAACACCGAAACCAUUGUCCGUGAACAUCGACCCUGUCUCUCAGAACGUCACUGAGGGCGACAAUACGGCUGUCACUUGCCUCGUUCGUGGACAGCCGCCAAUACACGUCACCAUCGAGAAGAAAAAUUCCGGAACAUCUCCGACUGUCUUCUGUGAUGAGCAAAUAUUGGUAGAUCGGAAAAAUAUUUCAUGCAGAUUAUCUCAGGUGCCGUUAUCACUUUCAGGAAGUAUGCAGUGCAAGGCAACUAAUGCGUUUGAGAGUACUUUUUCAACAGCUCAGCUGUUUGUCAAAGAACGUAUAAUUCCUUUCUCAGUGACACAGAAACCGACGGAUACGGACUUGACUCCUGGUAUUACCACAGAAAUCUUCUGCGGUGUCCGCGGCAAACCGACUGCCCAUUACACAUGGCUGAGGAACGUGUCCGGAGUUCUUAACAAAGUGGUCAACGGCAGUGCAGUGUCCAGUUACUACGACACACGUACUGAUGCAGCAGUACUGGCAGUCACUGGAAAAAGCUCGGCCGCUGAUGGCGUCUAUACGUGCAGAGCUAAGAACACGCACGAGACUAUGGAUUUCAUGUUCACGCUAAAAACACUGACUGAUGUGGCAGUAGUUUCUCAUACCCCUAGUAGCAUUACAAUAGGGGCACCGCCUUCUCAAACUGAAGUAACCGUAUCUUGCGUUUUUCAUAGCUAUCCUUCCCCGUCAGUGGAGUGGACCUAUAAAACAGAGCGCGGUUUAGUUGCUAAAUUGCCUAAACAAAACUUCAGCGCUUCGUCAACUGGAGACAAGACAGAAAGUCAGCUGACCAUCAAAGUGGACUUUAUCAAAAAGAACGCUCUGUCGGGAGUCACGUGUUUUGGGGACAACGGGUACGGGAAGGUGAAUGCGUCAACUUCCAUAACAAUUCAAAUGCCCGCCAAGAUCACCACACCUGCUCAGAACUAUACAGUCCAACAUGGACACAGCCUAGCAAUCAACUGCGAUGUGACAGGAAACCCUCAGCCAGUGAUCAAUUGGCAAUUUCUUGACGAGUACGGAUUGCCGUCAGUAUUGCCAAACAUUCGUUUGGAAAACCAAGCAAGGAGACUAAUUGCUGAUAAAGUAAGUUUCCCAGGGACGAUUAUCUGCAUGGCAUCUAAUUCACUUGGAACAGAUGAAGCCAGCUUCGGAAUUAAAGUUAUAUGAUACAUGUGUGGAAAAAAGUACGUGCGCGCAUUAUAGACUUGAAUCAUGGUAUUCUAGACCAUGCAAUGAAAAACUGCAGCUCUUAGUCUUUGCUUUCUCUAAAACUUUAGCUGCGAAAUAUGAGCACCGUGGGCGUCCAAAGAAGGGCAAAAACACCACUCUCACUAUAGCUUAAGUGGAGUGCGCACAUCACCACCCCCACCCCUUCCCCCUUUUCCCACGUCCUUCAAAUAGAGUCAAAUGGUGUGCUCUAUUAUAAAAUUAUAAACUGGAAUUACGUCAGUGUGCAGAUCUAGGAUAUUAAAAGACAAAAGUCUAUGGCACGCAACAAGACAACUUCGCCCCUCCACCCUUCCCUGAAUUGACCCAUUCGCUGCUUCAGAUAAUGGGUAGUUGACGUCAUAACUAGUCAUUACCCUGAAACCUAAUUCAUCGUACUUGUCAUCAUGUCUUCUGUCAAACACUGUCCUCUCAACAACAAAAAUUUUCAAAUAAUAAAAAAAAAAAGAAGAAAAAUACUGUACAGUUUGUUAUGUUGCUCUUGAUAAGAAAUAAAGAGUCGUAACGGGGCAGACUGGCCAAAUGUUUCAUUCCGCUCAUCUCAGUACAUGUACUUAAAUCUAUAAAGAUGAGUCUGCUAGUAAAGCACAUAAAUGUUUAAUGGAUCACUGUCCUAUCUUUUCCCCACACAAUUGUUAACGGUUUGUUUACACAGG